AUGCCCCGAGCCACGGUCAGCGACGGCCUCUGUCGCCUCUCGGCCUACCUGGAAGAACUGGAGGCCGUGGAGCUGAAGAAAUUCAAGCUGUACCUGGGCACGGAGGUGGAGGCGGGCAGGAUCCCCUGGGGGCGGCUGGAGCCGGCAGGGCCGCUCGACACCGCACAGUUGCUGGUGGCGCACUGCGGGCCGGACGCCGCCUGGCCGCUGGCGCUGGGCCUCUUCCAGCGCAUCAACCGGCGGGACCUGUGGGAGAGAGGACAGAGAGAGGACCCGGUGAGGGAUACUCCACCUGGUGGCCCAUCCUCACUGGGAAGCCAGUCAGCAUGUUCUCUGGAAGUCCUUCCUGGAGCUCCAAGAAGAGAUCCCCGGGAAACCUACAGGGACUAUGUCCGCAGGAAGUUCCGGCUGAUGGAAGACCGCAAUGCGCGCCUAGGGGAAUGCGUCAACCUCAGCCACAGGUACACCCGCCUCCUCUUGGUGAAGGAACACUCAAAUCCCAUGUGGGCCCAGCAGAAGCUUUUGGACACUGGCUGGGGACAGGCGAGAACCGUGGGUCACCAGGCCAGCUUCAUCCAGUUGGAGACCCUCUUUGAGCCCGACGAGGAGCGCCCGGAGCCGCCGCGCACCGUGGUCCUGCAGGGAGCAGCAGGGAUGGGCAAGUCCAUGCUGGCCCACAAGGUGAUGCUGGACUGGGCCGACGGAAGGCUCUUCCAGGACAGGUUUGAUUACGUCUUCUACAUCAACUGCAGGGAGAUGAACCAGAGCACCACCGAGCAAAGCGCCCAAGACCUCAUCUCCAGCUGCUGGCCUGAGCCCAGCGUGCCCCUCCAGGAGCUUGUCCGAGUGCCUGAGCGCCUCCUAUUCAUUAUUGAUGGCUUUGAUGAGCUAAAACCCUCUUUCCACGACCCUCAGGGCCCCUGGUGCCUCUGUUGGGGGGAGAAACGGCCCACAGAACUUCUCCUUUGCAGCCUGAUUCGGAAGAAGCUGCUGCCCGAGCUGUCAGUGCUCAUUACCACCAGGCCCACCGCUUUGGAGAAGCUCCACCGCUGGCUGGAGCACCCCAGGCACGUGGAGAUCCUGGGCUUCUCUGAGGCAGAAAGGAAGGAGUACUUCUACAAGUAUUUCCACAAUGUGGAGCAGGCUGGCCAAGUCUUCCAUUUCGUGAGGGACAACGAGCCCCUCUUCACUUUGUGCUUCGUCCCCAUGGUGUGCUGGGUCGUUUGCACCUGCCUCAAGCAGCAGUUGGAGGAUGGGGGGCUCCUAAGGCAGACAUCCAGGACCACCACAGCGGUGUACAUGCUGUACCUCCUGAGUCUGAUGCAGCCCAAGCCGGGGAGCCCGACCCUCCAGCCCCCACCCAACCAGAGAGGGCUGUGCUCCUUGGCAGCAGAUGGCCUCUGGAAUCAGAAAAUCCUGUUUGAGGAGCGGGACCUCCGGAAGCAUGGCCUAGAUGGGGCAGACGUUUCUUCCUUCCUCAACAUGAACAUCUUCCAGAAGGAUAUCAACUGUGAAAAGUUCUACAGCUUCAUCCACCUGAGCUUCCAGGAAUUCUUCGCUGCCAUGUACUACCUCCUGGAUCCCAGGGAGGGUGGGUCCGGCCCGGAGCCGACUGUGACAAGGCUGCUGGCUGAGUACGGGUUUUCAGAACGGAGCUUCUUGGCCCUUACCGUCCGUUUCCUGUUUGGACUCCUAAAUGAGGAGACGAGAAGCUACCUGGAGAAGAGUCUUUGCUGGAAAGUCUCGCCUCACAUCAAGGUAGAGCUACUGCAGUGGAUCCAAAGCAAAGCUCAGAGCGAGGGCUCUACUCUGCAGCAGGGCUCCCUGGAGCUCUUCAGCUGUCUGUACGAGAUCCAGGAGGAGGAUUUUAUCCAACAGGCCCUGAGCCACUUCCAAGUGGUCGUGGUCAGCAACAUGGCCACCAAGAUGGAGCACGUGAUUUCCUCCUUUUGUGUGAAGAACUGCAGGAGCGCCCUGGCGCUGCAUUUGCACGGGGCUGCCUACAGCACGGACGAGGAUGAUGGGGGGAGAUGGGCUUCGGGGCCCCAGAUGCUGCCGGCACAGUCACCCGAGAAGAACGUUUUGCCAGAGGCCUACAGCAAACGGCUUGCUGCCUCCCUGAGCACCAACCCGAACCUGACGGAGCUGGUUUUGUACCGCAACGCGCUGGGCAGCCGGGGGGUGAGGCUGCUGUGUCAGGGGCUCAGACACCCCGGCUGCAAACUUCAGAACCUGAGCCUGAAGAGGUGCUGCGUGGCCAGCUCUGCGUGCCAGGACCUCGCGGCCGCCCUGAUGGCCAACCAGAACCUAACAAGGGUGGACUUAAGCUGCAACGGGCUGGGGCUGCCGGGCGUGAGGCUGCUCUGCGAGGGGCUCCGGCAUCCCAGAUGCAGGCUUCAGGUGAUCCAGUUGAGGAAGUGUCAGCUGGAGGCUGGGGCUUGCCAGGAGAUCGCCUCCGUGCUCAGCACCAAUCAACACCUGGUGGAGUUGGACCUGACGGGAAAUGCGCUGGAGGAUUUGGGUCUGAGGCUGUUAUGUCAAGGCUUGAGGCACCCAGUGUGUAGGCUGCAGAUCCUGUGGUUGAAAAUUUGCCACCUCACUGCGGCUGCCUGUGAGGAUCUCGCCUCCACCCUCAGCGUGAACCAGAGCCUGACGGAGCUGGAUCUAAGCCUGAAUGAUCUGGGGGACCCCGGGGCGCUGCUGCUGUGUGAGGGCCUCAGGCAUCCCCAGUGCAAGCUUCAGACCCUCCGGUUGGGCAUUUGCAGGCUCAGCUCGGCUGCCUGUGAGGGUGUCUGCACAGUGCUCCGGGCCAACCGCCACCUUCGGGAACUGGACCUGAGCUUCAAUGACCUGGGGGACGCGGGCAUGUGGCCGCUGUGCGAGGGGCUGCGACACCCCACCUGCAGGCUCCAGAAACUGUGGCUGGAUAGCUGUGGUCUCACAACCAAAGCCUGUGAGGAUCUUUCUUCUGCCCUCAGGGUCAGCCAGACCCUGACGGAGCUCUAUCUGACCCACAACACCCUGGGGAACGCAGGGGUCAGGCUGCUCUGCAAGGGGCUGAGUCAUCCCGGCUGCAAACUCCGAGUCCUCUGGUGA